AUGGCUGACGCCGAGAGAGGCACCACGCCUAUUGGUGACGAAAAGGUCAUUUUAGACCAUAAAGAGUAUAUGAUGGGUGAAGUCACCCAUGGUGCAGCAGAAAAGGGCCAACUCGCGACAGACGAACAUGGCCAGCCCCUGCUAGAAUUUGACAAGGCCGCCGAGUCACGAUUGCGACUCAAGAUUGAUUUAUAUAUUGUCCCAACUGUUGCAAUCCUGUAUCUCUUUUGUUUUAUCGAUCGAGCCAAUGUUGGCAACGCUAAAUUGGCCGGUUUCGAUAAGGACCUUGGACUCAAGGGCUAUGAUUACAAUGCUGUGCUCUCGAUAUUCUUUAUCUCAUACAUUAUCUUUGAGAUUCCCAGCAAUCUUAUGUGCAAAUGGAUCGGGCCGGGGUGGUGGCUACCAGGGAUCACAUUGGGGUUCGGUAUCUGUUCGGUCGCCACGGCUUUUGUCACUGAUAUGCGUAGCGCAUCUGGUGUCCGCUUCCUUUUGGGCAUGUUCGAGGCAGGACUCAUGCCUGGAAUCGCAUACUACCUUUCACGUUGGUAUCGACGAAGUGAACUUGCCUUCCGGCUAUCAUUAUACAUCGUCAUGGCUCCUCUCGCUGGAGCGUUCGGUGGUCUUUUAGCCUCGGGUAUUCUCAUGCUAGAUCAUUUCGGUUCCCUCCGCAGCUGGCGUAUGAUCUUUGCGAUUGAGGGUAUCGUCACCAUUGGAAUUGCUCUCAUCUCAUUCUUCACGUUGACCGACCGACCUGAGACAGCCAAAUGGCUCUCCCAGGAAGAGAAGGACCUAGCCAUUGCUCGUGUGAAAUCAGAACGUGUUGGCGCGACCGAGGUCCUCGACAAAUUCGAUGUAGCCAAGACACUGCGUGGUAUAUUCAGCCCAGUAACAAUUGUGAUUGGGGUAAUGUUUAUGUUGGACAAUAUUACCGUUCAGGGGCUUGGGUUCUUUGCGCCUACUAUUGUCAAAACCAUUUACCCCGAUGCCACUGUGGUGGCUCAACAGCUGCACACUGUGCCUCCUUAUGUUGUCGGCGCGUUCUUCACUGUGCUGUUCCCCUACCUCAGCUGGCGAUUUGAUCAUCGCCUAAUCUUUUUCAUUAUCUGCCCGCCGCUAAUGAUGACCGGCUAUAUCAUGUUCCUGGCUAGCGAAGCCAGUAUGGUCCGAUAUGGGGCCACCUUUAUUAUCGCGUGUGGAGCAUUUUCCUUUGGGUCCCUAUGUCCUGCAAUCGCAUCGGCAAAUGUGAUUUCGGACACUGCGAGAUCUUCGGCUAUUGGAACCACCGUGAUGUUCGGCAAUAUCGGUGGGCUGAUCAGCACUUGGUCAUUCUUGCCUUUUGAUGGGCCGAACUACCCUAUUGGUAAUGGUCUGAACUUCGCAACUUCAACCGUCAUUCUCCUUCUUGGGGCCAGUCUAUGGGCAUAUAUCAUAUGGGAAAACCGGCGCCGUGCGCGUGUCGAUGUCCACAGCGCCUUGGCGGGACUUUCCCCCCAACAGAUUCAGGAUCUGGACUGGCGCAAUCCUGGUUUCCGCCUGCGACCAUAG